CGUAGCGCCGGCCCUGGCCUAUGCCAGCCGCGCGGCCGCCUCCGCCGUUUGCAGGCGGCUUCUUUGGGCGCCAAGGCCCCCAGCGGGCCUCUUCGGCCCGGGACCGGCUCCGGCCCCGCCCCGUCUCCGCUGCAGCGGGAGGAGCCCCGGGAGCGCGCUCCGCCGAGCGCGCAGCCCGGUGUCUCGGUGGCGGCCAUGGCGGCGGCCUCGCAGCGGGACCCCGGGGACUGGCAGGAUUUCUCCGGCUUCCAGCCCCCCGCAGGGAGCAGCCCCGAGCCGGCCCGGGACGGGGGCACUUGGGGGCCCGGGGCCCUGGGGGACAAGCUGCUCCUCUGCUUCAAGCCCCCCCCGCCUCGGGACGGCGGCAGCGAGAGCCGGGUCCCGCUGCGGCCCCUCAGCGAGCAGAGCGCCCUACAGGAAGACGAGAUUUGGAAUGCUUUGACUGAUAAUUAUGGUAAUGUAAUGCCGGUUGAUUGGAAGUCCUCCCACACCAGAGCUUUGCAUAUGCCAACACUGAAUCUCUCAGAAAAAGGGUUAAAUGAACAUUUGAACCUUGACCUAUCAGAUGAUGAAGAGCUUCGAGAACAGCUGGAUAUGCACUCUAUCAUAGUUUCCUGCAUCAGUGAUGAACCGCUGUUCACAGCAGAGCAGGUGAUUGAAGAAAUAGAGGAAAUGAUGCAGGAAUCACCUGACCCAGAAGAUGAAGAAACACCCACGCAGUCAGACCGGCUCUCCAUGCUUUCCCAGGAAAUUCAAACACUCAAGAGAUCCAGUACAAACAACAGUUAUGAAGAGAAAGUACAAAAACUGUCUGUCGCUGAACUAAAUGAACUACUAGAAGAAAUUGAGACUGCCAUUAAGGAUUAUUCUGAGGAGCUGGUACAGCAGUUGGCUCUAAGGGAUGAGCUGGAGUUUGAAAAGGAAGUGAAAAAUAGCUUCAUUUCUGUCCUCAUCGAAGUACAAAACAAACAGAGAGAACACAAAGAAACAGUGAAGAAGAAGAAAAAGCUGAAAAAUGGUAGUCCUCAGAAUGGCAAACAAGAAAGAGGUCAUAUGCCUGGAACACGCUUCAGCAUGGAAGGGAUCUCAAAUGUCAUUCAGAAUGGCUUCCGCCACACGUUUGGAAACUCGGGUGGAGAGAAACAGUACUUAACAACAGUCAUUCCUUAUGAGAAGAAAAGUGGACCCCCCUGUGUUGAAGAUCUACAAACAUUAACCAAAAUCCUUUAUGCUAUGAAAGAGGACAGCGAGAAAGUGCCAAGCUUAUUAACAGACUACAUUUUAAAGGUUCUGUGUCCGACAUGAAAAGUGCUGCCUUACUUCAGAAGUAACCAUGCUCCUUCCUGUGACAAGAAGCUUUCCAGAAAUAGUUCAUAGUAUUUUCUUUUCAUUUGGCACUGUAUCUAAACCUGUAUGUAUUUACUUUCCAUGUCUGUUUGGAUUUUUGGAUCAUACAGUAGGCCUUUUGGGCAUGAUGAUAGAACUUUGCACCAUCAAAUGAAAAGUGCAUAUGUGCUUGAGCAUAGAACAAACAUUGUACAGUUUUACUCACAAGCUUUGGUUUGGCUUUUUAAAAUCUAUUUUACAUUGUGUAACAUAGUAAUCCCUCCCACAUAUUUCAUUGUUGGGGAAAGAAAACUAAACUUUAAAUACUGUAAAUAAAAUAAGCCUAUAAUUUUAACUAAUCUGCAGUAAAACUAAAUAAAUAAACCCUCUGUUCUUGUAUCAAACUUGCAAAAGGGAUCAUAGCCAAGCCUGCACUGAAGAAUUCCAUUGAAGUUCUUUAGUGGACACUCCAAAACCGUGAUAGUGGCAACUGGCACUGAACACUUUUUUUUAAAAGCAGUAACUUAGAUUAUAAACUAUAAUACUGUAUUGUUCAGACACUGAACAAAUGUUCUGAUGCUCUACAGGAAGAAGAAUCCGUGUCUCUGCUCCCUUUACUUGCUACCUGAUUUACAUAAACUUCAAAAUAUUAGAUGAUAAUUCUUCAUCACUCUUAUUUUCUAUUGGUUCUGUUUUUAAUAAUUGUCUAUUGAGACCUGAUAUGUUCCCUCAUUACUGCUAUCAUUUUAGUAUUCAUGUUAAAUAUUGGUCUUAAGAUAAUAUUUUAUAGGCUGCAGUAUGUAAACAAAUAUUUUAAGAUGCUCAGUGUCCUUUAAAUUAUGUGCAGUGUUUGAGAAAUGGUCAUUCUCGUUUCCAAGACAGUUACGUUGAAACUUUCAUUAUCGUGUACUUAUAAGGCAUCCUACAGAUCUGGCUCUUGUAACUCCCUGUCUGUCAUGAUGUUAUACCUGUACCUAGCUGUCACUGAGGGGAACAUAUUUUAUAAAUCACAUUAAAUAUCUUUGCUAGUCUUAGAGCAAGUCCAGUGGUGUGAAAAGAAAGGUAAAUGCCAAUAGAAAGAAAGAAAGAAAGUAAUUGUUUUUACGUUUGAUUCCAUAUUUAUUAUAUAUUUAUACUAUAGAAGCCCCCAAAGCCAGCCACGGUACAAAUACAUAGGAAGAUACAAUCCUGAAGAGCUUAUAAUCAAACAUUUUUCUCAAGAAUUUGCUUCUGUUCCUUUAUCUUAAAAUCUUAGUGAUGAAGAAUCUGUUCUAGAAUAAUUUUCACAAUGUAAUACUUUUAAGAAUCUGCUUAUUAGUAGCAGAUACUAUAUGAGUUCUUCCACUUGAUUAGCAGAGCACAUUAAUUACGAACAUGGCACUCUGUCACUCAGUAAUGCAGUUUUCCCUCUAGAUUCAGUUACAGUAUUAUAAUUGAACUUCAGUAUUAUGUGUCCAUUGUGCCUGUCUUUUUUUGCAGAAUAUUCAGAACUCAGAAUCUAUAGCCAUUACACCGCUUGGUCAGCAGUGGACAACCUGCUUGAGCAGGAUAAUGGCUAAGUAUUAUUUCACCUGUCAAUGAGAUGCUCCUUCUGAUCUGCUUAAGUGGUUACGUUUCUGUGAAGAGAUUCUUGCCUGUAUUAUUUUUUUUUCUUUAAUAGUUCCUCUAUAAAGAAAAAUAUUGUUUCCUCUGCUGAUAUGUUGUGAAUUCAACAUGGCAUUCCUUGUGUUUUUGUUUGUUUGUUUGUUUUGCUGAAUGUGUUGUUUUUCUGUAGAAUGUUUCAUUUCAACCUAUUGUCUUCUAUUUUUUAACUAAGAAAUAAUCCUAUUCCAUUAUUUCAGUAUAGAAACUGAGAAAUAACAGAUCAGUGGCUUCAAACCUGGUGAGAACCAUUAUUUAUCUCCAAGCCAUCUCUAUUCAAAGGUGCUUCCUGGUGCUGUCUAGUCCUAAAAUGAAUGCCUGACAAUAAGGUUCAGUCCUGCAGGGUAUUGAGCAUUCUGGCAUUGAUCCAGCAAAGAACUUAAGACAAUGAUUUCUGUGGGACUACUUAUGUCCUUACAGUUACACAGGUUUAAAUGGAUCAGGGCAAGAAUGCUCAGCAUCUUGCAGGAUAGAACCCAUUAGUGCUUGGCAUUCCUCUGUGCAUUCAGCGAGACCAACUCCAGGACAGUGCUGCUGUUUUCAAGGAAGAAGUUCUCAAAAACAAUAGAAUUGAAUGGUGGUCCUACUGGGAGUUGUAAUUUUUGGUAGAGCUGAAUUAUCACAUACAGUUCAGACUCAAGUUCCACAUUGCCUCAUCAGUCUCAAAGGCAUGAAGUCCAAUGCAUUGGAGUCAAGGUGCCAGGUAGAUCUUUCAGUAUGCUCCCGGCACGUUAUUCAUCAACAUUCAAAUGCAGGCAAAAUUUCCCUCAAAGCAAAUGUGUAGAUUUGUAUGUAAUGUAGGGAUGUUCAAAUCUAUGUACAUUUAUUAUUAUUUCCAUACUUUUUAAAUUGUUUUAGUUUGGGGGAGGCUUAUGGAAUUUUCCACUGUACCCAUCACUUUGCCAUUUGUGAUGCCAAGUGUUUGCAGAGUAUCCUAUUUUUAACAUUUCUUUGGGACACUUAAGCUAAAUUACAUUGUAAGCUUUUUUUAACUAAUAUUUUGAUAUUUUUGUAUUGUUUUCUUUCUUUAUUGUAGAAACUGAAACUUUAAUGGAGUUAUUUGUCUGAGAAUUGAGGUGACUGUUUAAUAUAGUAAUGAUUCUUGGGAUUGCAACUACUGGGCUUGUUUUGCUGAGUACAAUAUUGGGAGCCAGGACAGAGAGGUGUGUGCCUGAUCCUGAACCACUGAAGUCAGUGGUUGCAGGAUCAAGCCCUAUGAGCGGGGAAAGCGAAGAGGACUUUCAGCUGGAAAGGCAGGGACAGAGGUGUCUCCUGAGUUACCGCCUUUCUCCUUGGGUGAGAAAGGGAGAUGCAGAGAACCACAAUACUCAACCCAUCUCCUUUACCACAAAAGGGGGGAGGUUUCCCCAUUGCUUGACCAUUCUCGGGCCCUCUGCUGAGUUAGGAAUGAGGGGAGAAAUGUCCCCAUGAGCUUUUUCCCUCUUUAAAUAGGUAGAAGAAACAAAUGCUCUCUAGUUUCCCUGUGUUCCCCUACUCCUGGGGUGGGCAAGGGAGGUAAGACAUGAUAGAUAACGAGGACAGGGGAAGGAUUAGCUAGGAAGAAUGUGUUAGGGAGAAUGGAGGCAGAAUAGGAAAUGCAGGGUGCUAGGAAACAUGGGAGAAGAGGAGAAAAGAAAUGGAACACAGGUAGUUGAAAAAUCAGGAAAGCAUGGGUGGGGGGGAGAGGGGAUUGAAAUAAUAGUCUUAGAAUUUAACACUGUAGGAAAACAGACAUUGCCAAAAAAGUACAAAGGAUAUACCAAAAUAUACUAUGUAGUCUGAACCUCCUAAAAAUGUCCUUAGCUGUGGAUAAGUUCCUGACAAAAAUUGUCUGCCCUACCAGACUGAAUUGAAUUUUUUUAAAUAUUCUGUAUGCAGUGGUGUUGUAGCCAUGUUUGUCCCUGUGUAAGUAUUCUGUGUAAACCUCACCUAUAAAAGCCUGGCACUGAGCAACAAAAGCUGAAAAUGGUUAAUGUGCAUCCAAACCGGUGAAUAAAUUUGCAGCCUGCAAGUAACUUUUUUCUGUAACUUUUACGCACUUACGGCUCUCUGUGCAGUUGGGCCUUGAAGCAAUACUGUGUCUUGUGCUUUUUCAAAGAGCCAGAAUUCCGUUGCUCCUGGAUAUUUCCAGAGCACUGAGAGUGUGAUGUCGGAGAGCAGUUGUUGACAAUUUCAGUGUACUAGCAAGGAUUCCCGGACUCUUAAGGAUACGCCUCUACUAAGCAUUUUUAAUUUGGGGCAGAUCUGGGAGCAAGACGUCUUAAAAAACUAAAUGGUAUUAAAUCACCAAAAAUCAGUGUUCAUCAAAGAAAGCUGAUAUACAUUUGUCCUCUCCCCAUUUCAUGGAAUUCAGAUGGUUCAUUUUAUAGAUUUACCUACUGGCUGGCUGGAAUAAGAGGGCAAACUAGUUGAGAUUCAGUCCAGAUAGGAAGCAUGCUCAUUGGCUGGGGCAAACUACCAGUAAAACAUCAACAAUAAUAUCAGCUCUCUUCUACUGAAGGGAUGUUGGUCUUACUGGAUCCUCAGCUGUUUCUAGUAGUGGCCAAGAAUAUUUUGUAUCAUCUGUGCUAGGUCAGGAAGUUGUGACCUUUUCUUUGGGAUGUCACCACUGUAAUUCAUGCCUUUGUCACCUCCAGAUAGUAUUACUUCAACAUCCUAUAUGCUUUAAUACCACCCGGAAAUUACAGUUAGUACAGAAUGUGUGCUUGGCAACAGUGCAGAGCACUUCACACCUGUGUUGAUCAUCAAUCUACACUAGCUUCUUAUUAAUUUCCACAUUAAUUUAAGAUGUUUUUAAUUUAUAAAGCCCUAAAAUGAUGUAGGUCAUAGGUGGCUCUGGGACUGCCUCUCCAACUACAACUCCAGCUCUGACAGCUAAAGUCCACUGAAGCACUUUAACCUAACAUCCCUCUAAUUCUGUCAGGAAGGGACUGAAGGCAAUGGGUUUUUUUAGUGAAAUAGUCUCAACUUUGAAAUGUGUUGUCCCCAUUGAUCCACCAGAGCCCAAAUUUGUUGACCAUCAGGUCACUCUGCAAAGUUCACCUCUUUUUUGCCAUGCUUUUUCUGAGAAGGUGGACUGUAUUGGAUGUUGGGGCAGUCUUAACCUUAGUGGACUUGGGUUAAUUUCAUAUUUUGGGUAUUGGUCCUAAUUUGUAUGUUUAAUACUUUGCACAAGAGUCUAGAGCUUCAUAAAUGCCUGUCCAUAAAUUCAGAUGCACAUUCUUGAAGUCUUUCAAAAUUUUCAUCACAAAGUACCACAAGUUAAAAAAUAAAACUGGAGAGAGGCAUGGAUCUGAGUCAGAUUUAUUUGUAUUACUGUAUCUCAAGGGACCCAUGUAAACUGAAGGCGUUUUUUUUAAAAGCCUAGGAGAAACCCUGAAAUUAAAAGGUCUGGGUUAAUAUCAGGAGUUGAGACAUUACUCCUUAUUCGUUACCCAUUAUAUUUCUCAAGAUCUUUCCAAACAAAUGUAAUAGAUAUUAAUGGACUCUCGGGAAAUUCCAUAAAGCAGAUCUAAUAAUGAACAAGAAGCGCUAAAGAUGGUUUUUGCACACAGGUUGUUAAUUUAUCCCAUUUCUUAAUAUGUCUGUUCUAAAGCCAAGAAAGCGUAGAGUAUUGUUUGCAAACUUUUUGUUCUUGAUGUUAAGCCUAAUCUCUUGUCCCAUUAUUCAAAUUCUUUACUUUCAGCUUAACUCAAGACCUUCAUCUCUAUUCAUUUAUGCUUUUUGAGCAAUGGUGGCCUACUGGUUAGCUGAAUUGGUGCACACAGCACUGAUUAAUAAAUCUCAUUAAUCAGGGGAACUAAUCUUUACAUUUUUCUAUUUGAUGGUUCUAUGAGGCUCAUUGCAAGUGUUGCAUUGAACUCUUUUUUUUGGUUCUCUUUAAGUGCUAAUGUCUUCCUCACAUUUAUGACUCUUAUGCUCCAUGCUGUUUUGUUAAUAUUUUUCUAUUUAGUCCUUUUAGGUAUUUGCCUUUGUUAAAACUUUAUUCAAUAAAAAUUAAUAUUAAAUGUCA